ACAUGCGGAGCGCACGGGCCGGGCUUCGCCUCCCCUCUGGACGCUAUGAAAGGUCCCCGGGAGGAGAUCGUGUACGUGCCCUGCAUCUACAGGAACACGGCGAGCAAGAAGCCGGACUUCCUGGCCACYGUGGAUGUCAACCCUGAAUCCCCGCACUACUGCCAGGUCGUCCACCGGCUGCCCAUGCCCAACGUGGGCGACGAGCUGCACCACUCGGGCUGGAACGCCUGCAGCAGCUGCUUCGGCGACAGCACCAAGGCGCGCRACCGCCUCGUCCUGCCCGCCCUCAUCUCCUCCCGCAUCUACGUGGUGGACGUGGGCACCGACCCGCGAGCGCCCCGGCUGCACAAGGUCAUCAACGCCGAGGACGUGUUCUGGAAGUGCAAUCUGGGCUACCCGCACACGUCCCACUGCUUGGGCAGUGGGGAGAUCAUGAUCAGCACCCUGGGGGACCCGUCGGGCCAUGGAAAAGGUGGUUUCAUCCUGCUGGACGCGGAGACGUUCGAGAUCAAGGGCAACUGGGAGAGAGGAGACAAGACGCCCCCGAUGGGUUACGACUUCUGGUACCAGCCGCGCCAUAACGUGAUGAUCAGCACCGAAUGGGGGGUCCCCCGGUGCCUGGGCUACGGCUUUGACCCCAACGAUCUGAAGAAAGGGCGCUACGGCCGCCGCCUCAACGUGUGGGACUGGAGCAGCCACGAGUACGUGCAGGCCAUCGACGUCGGGGAGGACGCGGCGCCGCUGGAGAUCCGCUUCCUGCACGACCCCGCCGCGGCCCAGGGCUACGUGGGCUGCACCAUCAGCAGCGCCAUCCACCGCUUCUACAAGACCCAGCAAGGGGACUGGGCGGCGGAGAAGGUGAUCCAGGUCCCCAGCAAGAAGGUGCAAGGGUGGCUUCUGCCYGAAAUGCCAGGCUUCAUCACCGACAUCCUCCUCUCGCUGGACGACAAGUUCCUUUACUUCAGCAACUGGCUGCACGGCGACGUCCGCCAGUACGACAUCUCGGACAGGCGCCGGCCGCGGCUCGUGGGGCAGGUCUUCGUGGGCGGCAGCAUCAGCAGAGGUGGCCCCGUGACCGUGUGUGAGGACCAGGAGCUGCAGGAGCAGCCGGAGCCGUUCGUGAUCCAGGGCAAGAAGGUGCCAGGGGGACCCCAGAUGCUGCAGCUCAGCUUGGACGGCAAGAGGCUCUACGUGACCACGUCCCUGUACAGCGCCUGGGACAAGCAGUUCUACCCCGAGCUCAUCAGGGAGGGCUCCGUCAUGCUGCAGCUCGACGUGGACACGGAGCGGGGCGGCCUGCGCGUCAACGAGCGCUUCCUGGUGGAUUUUGGGCAGGAGCCCGAGGGGCCCUGCCUGGCGCACGAGAUGCGCUACCCCGGCGGCGACUGCACCUCCGACAUCUGGCUCUGA